AUGGCCUUCCCCGCUCUGAGGCGCGCUUUGGUGGCGGUCGCGCUGUGUCGCGUCGUGGACGGCUGUGACUGCUGGGGGUGGUGGACCUGCACCUGCUCUUGGAAUUUUUGCACCUGCGCCGCAGCGCCGGCGCCGGCGCCCGCGCCCGCACCGGCGCCGGCUCCGGCGCCAGCCCCGGCGCCGGCGCCAGCCCCGGCCCCGGCGCCGGGCGACGACAACUCGGGUUCGGUCGGGGCGACCAGCGGCUCCUUCGUGUACGUCGAUCAAGCGAAGAGCUUCGACGACGCGCGCGCGUACUGCCGCGCGAACUAUCACGACCUCGCGUCGAUCCACAGCUCCAGCGAGAAUGCGGUAGUAGCGGCGCUUUGUCCCGGUGAAUCAUGCUGGAUCGGGGGCUCCGACGCGGCCCAAGAGGGCACGUGGACCUGGUCGGACGGCACGGCGUGGGACUACGAGACCUGGAGAAGCAAUCAGCCCGAUAAUUGGAAUAAUGAUGAAGACUGUCUACAAAUUAGAUCCGAUGACAAGUGGAACGACGGUAGUUGCAAUGCCGAUGAUGAUCAACCGUUCGUGUGCGAGACGCAGGUGGCGGCUGAUUACGCUCAAUGCAUGCAGUGGUUCGGCAGCACCGAGUACGGUGGCGGAUACGACCAUUGCUGUUUCCGCCUUGACAACAACGCGCUCACGUGCCCGACGUGGGAGUCACGCUGCUCGGAUCUAGUCAGCGGCGAGGCAGACUACGCUCAAUGCAUGCGAUGGGCUGGCAGCACCGCGUACGGUGGGAAAUACGACCAUUGCUGUUUCCGCCUUGACGACAACGGGCUCACGUGCCCGACAUGGGAGUCGCGAUGUGAGGCGCUCACGCUGGUCCGGGUCCCGGCGCCGGGCGACGGCGGCGGCGGCGGCAAAAAGAAGGGCGGCGGCAGCGCCGCCGCCGGCGCCAUCGUAAUGGGGGUCGGCUUCGCCAUCUUCUUAGGCUGCUGCCUGGCGGCGGUGCUGGCGGAGCAGUGCCGCAAGCGCGCGGCGGAGCGCGACCAGGUCGCGCCGGCGCCGGCGCCCCGGGUCGAGCUCCCACCGCGGUGCGCGCGGCCGGCGGCCGCGCAGCGCCCGCGCGGCCUGAGGAUCGAAAGCGUGGCGGCGACGGAGGCCACCCUCGCGUGGGAGCAGGGCUCCGCGGUGAGCUUCGAGGUGCAGUGGCGCAGGACCGGGGGCGCCUGGCAGCCGGGCGCGACCGUCAGGAGGAGCAAGGCGCGCGUGACCGAUCUGGACGCCGGCGGCGCCUACGCGUUUCGCGUGCGCGCCUUCGGCGGCGACUGGUCGUACGAGGUCUCGGCGCGGCUGGCGGCACCGGCACCUCGCGCGCGGCCGGCGGCCGCGCAGCGCCCGCGCGGCCUGAGGAUCGAAAGCGUGGCGGCGACGGAGGUCACGCUCGCGUGGGAGCAGGGCUCCGCGCAGAGCUUCGAGGUGCAGUGGCGCAGGACCGGGGGCGCCUGGCACCCCCGGUGCCUACGCGUCAGGAGGAGCAGGGCGCGCGUGAGCGAUCUGGACGCCGGCGGCGCCUACGCGUUUCGCGUGCGCGCCGACGGCGGCGACUGGUCGUACGAGGUCUCGGCGCGGCUGGCCGCACCGGCGCCGACGCCGGAGCCCCGGGCCGAGCCCGCGCCCCGGGCCGAGCCCGCGCCAGAGCGUUCGAGCGAAACAGACGAGUGCCCCGUCUGCCUCGAGCGGGCGCGCGAUACCGCGUUCAUGCCGUGCGGGCACCGGGUCUGCGCCGAAUGCGCCCGCACACUCUCCGGGACGGCCUGGAGAGGAUCGGGGCCGAGGGGCGAUAGUGAGUCCCGGUGCCCCGUCUGCCGCCAGCCGUUCACCGGGACUCUCCGGCUCUUCUGA